UUCCGUUUUCAUAGUUGUCUUAAUUGGUUUGUGUAAUUAAAGAUAUUUCCCUAUAAAAACUGGUUUCUUUAGCAAUAAAAGUGAAGAUAUUAUUUAGUAAAAUUAAGGUGAACAUCGAAUAUCAGAAACAACGAAGAAACAUCUAUUUCAAUAUACAUCAUCAAUAGAUGUCGUCUUUUCAAGUCUAAAAGGAAAUAUUACACAGAACAGAUACAAUACUGUUUAUAUAAAGCAAAGCUAAACUACAGAUAAAUAUUUCUCUGGAACUGUUAUGUCACACCAACUUUUGUUUACUUCACUGCUUUGAUUCUUUGCCCACUGUUCUUGCAUUCUACUUUCACUUUCCCACUAUGUAAGAUGAUUCUACAUGGUUAUUAAACUUGGAAGAAUUUACAAAGAAAUUUGCAGCAUCUUCAGAUAUCAUAAUAUUUGAUGGAAAUAUAGCAGAAGUAAUAUUUAUUAGGAAUAAAAUAUAAAAACACAAAGAGCAACGGGUGUAUAUGAUAGAAAGGAAAGAAGAAUUAUGGAAAUUGAGUUAAUUGAGAAGAAGGUUAAAUAUGAAACAGACUCUAAAAGUAUUGAUUUUAUUGAUGAUGAAAAAAAUGAGAAAGGGAAAGCACCGUAUCAGUGUGAUGUCUGUGGUAAAUCAUUCACUCACAGUACCAGCCUGACUAAACAUAAAUGUAUUCAUACAGGAGAAAAGGUGUAUUGCUGUGAUGUCUGUGGUAAAUCAUUCUCUGAGGCAAAUCAUUUAACUAAACACAAGCACAUCCAUACAGGAGAGAAGCCAUACCAUUGCAAUACCUGUGGUAAAUCAUUCUCUCAAAAUAGCAGCCUGUAUAAACAUAGACGUAUACAUACAGGUGAGAAACCAUAUUGCUGUGAUGUCUGUGGUAAGUCCUUCUCUCUGAAAGGUAACCUAAUCACUCACCAACGCAUUCAUACAGGAGAAAAACCAUAUCGCUGUGAUGUCUGUGAUAAAUCAUUUUCUCAGAGCGUUCACCUGACUACACACAUACGCAUUCACACAGGUGAAAAGCCAUAUUUCUGUGACGUCUGUAGUAAAUCAUUCUCUGAGAAUAGCUCCUUAACCAAACAUAAGCGUAUCCAUACAGUAAAGAAGCCAUAUCAGUGUGAUAUCUGUGAUAAAUCAUUCUCUGAUGGAAGACGUUUCACUAAACACAAGCGCAUUCAUACAGGUGAGAAACCCUUUCACUGUGAUGUCUGUGGUAAAUCGUUCUCUCAAAGUAGUGACUUAGGUAGACAUAAACGUAUUCAUGCAGGAGAGAAACCAUAUCAGUGUAAUAUCUGUGGUAAAUCCUUUUCUCAUGGCCAUACUUUAACUGUACACAAAUACACUCACACAGGAGAGAAGCCAUAUCACUGUGACAUCUGUGGCAAAUCGUUUUCCCAUGGACCUGUCUUAACUACUCACAAACGUAUUCAUACGGGAGAAAAGCCAUAUCGCUGUGAUAUCUGUGAUAAAUUGUUCUCAGAUGCUGCUCACUUGACUAGACACAAACGCAUUCAUACAGGACUGAAGCUGUAUCACUGUGAUAUUUGUGCUAAAUCAUUCUCUCAAAAAUAUAGCUUAAUUACUCACCAACGUAUUCAUACAGGAGAGAAACCAUAUCACUGUGAUAUCUGUGGUAAUUCAUUCUCGCAUAGAUAUUCCUUAACUAUUCACAAACAUCUUCAUACAGGAGACAAACCGUAUCAUUGUGAUGCCUGUGGUAAAUCGUUUUCUUAUAAACAUACUCUAACUACUCACAAACACAUUCACACAGGUGAGAAGCCAUAUCACUGUAACACCUGUGGUAAAUCGUUCUCAGAAAGUAGUUACUUAACUCAACACAAACGCAUUCACACAGGAGAGAAACCAUAUCACUGUGAUGUCUGUGGUAAAUCCUUCUCUCAGAAACAUAACUUAGUCACUCACAAACGUAUUCAUACUGGAGAAAAACCAUAUCACUGUGAAAUCUGCGGUAAAUCCUUUUCUGGACGUGUCUACUUAACUAAACAUAAGCGCACACAUACAAGAGGGAAACCGUAUCGCUGUGAUAUCUGUGGUGAAUCAUUUUCUCAAAAACGUCAAUUGAGUGAACACGUUGCUACCCAUACGGAACAAUGACCUUAUAAAUCUCCUACAUUUUGUUGAGUAAAUUGUAUCUUUUUAUCAUUGGUAUAACUAAUGAUUUUACUAUUAGUAAUUUCUUGUUAUUAAUGCCCAAUAAUAAAAUAUCAAUGUACAUAUCACUGUUGACACUUGAGAAACAGAGAUUAAACAUAGACGCUGUAGACUUUUUUUUACUUUUUGUUCAUAAAUUUUUUCAAUCAAAUUCUUUUCUUUAUUCUCAUUAGUAAAUCUUGUAAUUUUAUGAAUGAGAGAUUUGGAAAUGUGAUAUUUUAAAAUAUGCAUGAAAUUUGUUUGUGUGCCAAUAAAAAAAAAAGGAAAAA